AGGCUCUGACUGAAAUUAAAAGGAAUUUGGAAGGCGCUGAGGAGGGAACAAAAGCAAAAUUAUCAGAACUUUUACGAAAUGCAUUGCAACAACUCAAAGAAGAAAUAUCAACAUAUUUGUUCAAACUCAUCAAUCUUUUUCACAAAGUAGAAAUGAUAUUGGAUAAGCUGCUAAUUGGUUAUUGUCGGGCUUCUGCAGGUACAAUUACGGAGAAAAUAUCAUCACUUGAAGAAAACCAGCCACAAGCUCAAGGAGUAGCAGCACUUUUCUUCUUAGAAAAACUACAACAAAUCAAAACAUACUUGGAUGGACAAUGGCCGAAAUUAAAAGCUGCUUUGGAGGAGUUGAACGAAAAAUUAAAAGCUGCAAAGGACGGUACACACACGUUCUUAGGAAAGCAACUGAACGCGACAUUGUUUGAAACAAAAGAUAAAUUUGAAAAGUAUCUGGAAGAUUUAAAAAAGCGCGCGGAGAAAAAAUUGGCCGAACUGAAAACUAAACUGACAAUAAAUACGUUAAAUCCCACGGAUGCACCAACUACCACAGGUUCAAGCGCAUCCAAGUCAAAUGCCGAUGCAUCAACCUCCAAAGAUUCGAGCGGAUCCAUGUCAAAUGAUGUGAUUCCGAGUAGUUCAAUAGAACCGCAAAGUCUCACAAACCGGCCAACGGCAACGAUCUGGAUAACUUCAAUGCUUUUAAUUGCAUGGUUCUGCAGCAUUUGCAAGGAUUUUGCCGCGGGAUGUAGUCCAAUAUUAAUUCACUGAAAUGUUUAGAACCGAAAGAAAUAUCUCCGCGAUACAUACUUACAAACUCAGCUCGUUAGCGGGACAAAUUUAAUAUUUUGCAUGUAUUUCAACAACGUAUAAAUCGUGCUUUCAUGUAUUACUGCAAAAAUUCAAUACAAUAUAUCUGUUUUGUGCCAAAUAAUAAC